AUGGGAUUACUUACAAUUAUUAAAAAACAAAAAUUAAAAGAUAAUGAAAUAAGAAUAUUAACAUUAGGAUUAGAUAAUUCUGGUAAAACCACCAUUAUUAAAAAAAUGUUAAAUCAAGAUAUUACAACAAUAUCUCCUACCAUGGGAUUUCAAAUCAAUACAUUAAUUUAUAAUAAUCAAUAUACAUUAAAUAUUUGGGAUAUUGGAGGUCAAACUAGUUUACGAUUAUUUUGGGGUAAUUAUUUUGAUAAAACUAAUGUUGUUAUAUGGGUUAUUGAUGGAUUAAGUUUAGAAAGAUUAAAUGAAUCUUAUCAAGAAUUAAAACAAAAAAUAAUUUUACAAGAUCGAUUAAUUGGAAUAUAUUUAAUGAUAAUAAUUAAUAAAAUUGAUUUAAUAAUAUCAAAACUGGAUUUAUCAAAUUUAAAAGAAAAAGUUAUUGAUUUAUUACAAUUAAAUAAUCAUAUAUCACAACGAAAUAAAUGGCAAGUGGAAUUAGUUAGUGGGAAAACUGGUCAAGGUAUAGAUAAAGUAUUACAAUGGAUUGUUACCAGAGAAUAUUGA